AUGGGCUUCCCCACUUCUACGUUGUUGAGCCUCAUAGGUGAGAUACAUCAGAGCUACUUUGCCUCACCUGCUAGCUACCGAAGACUGAUAAAAAGUGAGCCGUCAGCGGUACAAGGCAGAGUCAGCCUAGCAGCCAAGCAUCCAUCAGCCCUUGAAGCUAUUCCUUCUGCUACGUUCUACCUAAAAGAGCUCGUCAUCCUCCAAAAGGCAGAAUUCGCCAUCAAAGCUACUGACGCCGGAAUCAUGCACCCACAAGAGGCUCAACGUGCCACAGCCGAAGCGCGCACUACGGGUGACCCCAAACCGUGGGCCCAGCAAAUCAUGACCAAGGCUUCCCAAGAUGCUCGCCGUCAGCCGUGGAAGUCUUCUUUUGCCGGCCAGGAAAUCAAUAUGUUGUGCCCACAGGCCGCUGACAUCAUCCGGGCAGUCGCCCCCUUCUCAUUCCUCAAUCUCAGUCUUCUCAUUUCAAUCGUCGAGAGAGUCUACCAGCAACCGCCCCAUCAGGUCAUCAUGGAGAGAGGUGCAUUUCGCUACCUUAAAUGGCAAGAUCUAUAUACUAUUGAGAAGCCGUUUCAGGUCCUUAUUGAUCUGCCCAAUGAUGCCGAAGAUAAACGACAGUCAAAUAUUGAAUUCUACGAUGGACCUGAGGUAGACAUCACAGAUGUCCGGGGCAUUACACAUGGCCCCGAGAUUGAUACUCAUGGAUUCACAUACCUUCAACAUGACAGUUGCCUCGAACCUGGACACUUUCUGGAUAAGGGAAUGGUUCAGUCGAAAUACCUACCGGAGUGCGAAGUCCUACUCCGGCAUAUCCUCGAUGGUGUUGAUGAGGUUCAUUUCUUCAACUGGCUGGUGCGAGACACCAGUUCUGUGCCCGCAGAAGGGAAACAGGUGGAUAUAAAUGACCCUCUGGCGCGGGUUGGGGCCGCAAGGGUUGCCCAUAUCGAUCAAACCUUCGAGAGCGCAGUAGACAGGGUCUAUCUCGAGCUGCCAUCCAAGGCGGAGGAACUAUUGCAAGGAAGACUUCGUCUGAUCAACUUAUGGCGUCCAAUAAAUGGCCCCGUGGAGAGCUUCCCACUUGCGCUAUGUGAUGGCCGAACGAUCUCGCCUGAUGCACGAGUAGAGGCGGACCGCAUCAGACGAAAAUACACGGGAGGCACAACUUUUGUUCUUGAAGAACCUGGACAAACGUGGUACUACUUGAGUCAACAGCAAAAUAACGAGGUUGCAAUGUUCAAGAACUUUGACUCGGAUGAUGAUGUGACCAAAUACGCACCUCAUUGUUCCUUCGUGCCACUUUCUCAGGACCCUUCUAAUAGACCUCGUCAAAGUAUCGAGGUCAGGGCACUGGUCUUUACAUACUCUUGUACCUAA